UUCAACAGCAGCAUAGCAGUGCUGCAGCUGCUGCCCAGCAAGGUGGCUAUGAAAUUCCAGCAAGAUUAAGGACCCUUCAUAAUCUUGUUAUUCAGUACGCUUCCCAAGGUAGAUAUGAGGUUGCCGUACCACUCUGUAAACAAGCUCUUGAAGAUCUGGAGAAGACUUCGGGUCAUGAUCAUCCUGAUGUUGCCACUAUGUUGAACAUACUUGCUUUGGUUUACAGAGACCAGAACAAAUACAAAGAUGCAGCAAAUCUCCUGAAUGAUGCCUUGGCUAUCCGUGAAAAGACUUUGGGCAAAGAUCAUCCAGCGGUGGCAGCAACUCUAAACAAUCUUGCAGUACUUUAUGGUAAACGAGGAAAGUACAAAGAGGCUGAACCGUUGUGUAAGCGAGCUCUGGAAAUCAGAGAAAAGGUUCUGGGAAAAGAUCACCCUGAUGUUGCCAAACAAUUAAAUAACUUGGCUUUACUAUGCCAGAACCAGGGUAAAUAUGAGGAGGUUGAAUACUACUAUCAGAGGGCACUGGAGAUUUACCAAACUAAGCUGGGACCCGAUGAUCCAAAUGUUGCGAAAACAAAGAAUAACCUGGCAUCCUGCUAUCUAAAACAGGGCAAAUUUAAGCAAGCGGAAACUUUAUACAAAGAGAUUCUUACUCGUGCUCAUGAACGGGAAUUUGGCUCUGUAGAUGAUGAAAAUAAACCUAUUUGGAUGCACGCGGAAGAGAGGGAAGAAUGCAAAGGAAAGCAAAAAGAUGGCACAUCUUUUGGAGAAUAUGGUGGCUGGUACAAAGCUUGCAAAGUUGACAGUCCAACAGUAACGACUACCUUAAAGAACCUUGGGGCACUUUACAGACGACAGGGCAAAUUUGAAGCUGCUGAAACAUUAGAAGAGGCAGCAAUGAGAUCUCGUAAACAGGGUCUUGACAAUGUUCAUAAACAGAGAGUUGCUGAAGUGCUGAAUGACCCUGAGAGCAUAGAAAAAAGGCGAAGCCGAGAAAGCCUCAAUGUUGACGUGGUAAAGUACGAGAGCGGUCCUGAUGGAGGCGAGGAAGUGAGUAUGAGCGUAGAAUGGAAUGGGGAUGGCACUGGAUCUUUAAAACGCAGUGGCUCCUUUAGCAAACUUCGUGCUUCCAUUAGACGCAGCAGUGAGAAGCUGGUUAGAAAGCUGAAGGGAGGAAGUUCACGAGACAGUGAACCAAAGAAUCCAGGCAUGAAGCGUGCCAGUUCUCUGAAUGUUCUUAACAUGGGUGGCAAGGCUACUGAAGAUCAUUUUCAAGAACGAAAUAAUUGUCUGACAGACUCGAGAGCUUUGAGUGUCAGUCAUACUGAUCUGGCGCAUUGAGAUUCUUGGAGAGAAGCUAGCUAAUAUUCCUUGGUGAAUAAAGAAGCACUGAGACCUUCAAAGCUUUGGUUCCUCAUCAUUACGUAUAGGAACACCUAGUUUGUAGAUUUUGUUGGGUUUUUUCCAAUGGACUGCUGUUUUUACUUUUCUAAAUAGGAACAAUUUUAAACACAUCAUUAGUGGAUAUUUUCUUCUAAAGGAAAACUAGAUAGAGGUAUAUUGCUCGUUGCACUGCUCCUGUUCAUGCUACUUACGUUGAUUUCUUAAAUAGAUCUGAAUAGUACAGCAGCCAAAAAAAAAAAAAAAGGUAAAAAUACAAACAUAAUUAAAGCAUACCAAAAU